AAUUUAUUCGAAAUCACAUUCGUCUACUCGUGCCGUGCGUCACUAAAUCAUUUCGAUUAGAGUUUAGUAUUAUUUCGUGUGCAUUAUCAUCGUGUGUUUUGGUUGAAGUAGUCGUGACUUCGUGCGUUAUCUACAUAUUAUAUCAAUAUAGAUAAAGUGACCAGCAAUCAUCAUGGUGAACAAAAUCGUCAUAUUCGGCUCCACAGGGAUGACAGGGCUCUGUGCAGUGGAAGCUGCUGUAAAAAAGGGCCUAGAAGUACGUGCAUUCGUUCGCACGCCUUCUAAACUCCCUACACAUCUGAAGGAUAAAGUUGAUAUCUUCCAAGGCAAUGUUCUCGAGCCAGACUCCGUCCAUGAUGCCGUGGAAGACAUGGAUGCAGUAGUCAUAGCCCUGGGGACCAACAACCAACUGGAACCUACCUCUGACCUGUCUGAAGGCACUAAGAACAUUAUUGAAGCUAUGCGAGCGAAGGGUGUGAAGAUCUUGUCAGUCUGUCUAUCAGCAUUCUUGUUUUAUGAGCCUGACAAGGUGCCCCCAAGGUUUGUGGACCUGAAUGAGGACCACAAGAGGAUGUAUCAGGUGGUUAAGGACAGUGGUUUGAACUAUGUUGCUGUGUUCCCUCCACAUAUUGCUGAUGAGCCAAGCAGGGAAGUAAUCAUAGAAGUGAACCCGGAGAAGUCUCCAGGCAGAGCCAUCUCCAAGUACGACCUGGGGGCGUUCCUGGUGAACUCCCUGAGCGAACCUAAGUACUACAAGUCUGUUAUUGGUAUUACCAAUGCGCCCAAAGCUUAGGAUGUAAUUUUUAUGUGCCAGGCACAUGCUAUAGAUUGUCUGAUUAGAUUAUUCAGUCAUUCAAUAUUAUUUUUAACUUUUAGAACUGACCCUAACAAUCUUGAUUUUAAAAGAUUAUUUUAUUUAGAAUAAAUCUUUUAUCUUUAAAGAUUAUUUAGUUAAAUAGGCGGGUCCACACAGAGCGAGCAUACGCGCGAGGCAAUUUCCUCGCACACAAAAUGGUCAGUGUAGACGUGCCUCGGCAGAGGCGGCGCGCGCGUUUUCCUUGCCUGAGCGCGCCGCCUCGGCCGAGGCACAUUAAUUUACACUGGCCGGUUUGUGCGCGAGUAAAUUGCCUCGCGCGUAUGUUCGCUCUGUCUGGACCCGCCUAAUGACUCGUAGUUUAUUAAAAAUGUUUCCUUAAUAAGCUAAAUAGACAACACUAUAGAAUUGUGUUACAGUAUAAAAAAUAAUCACUGAGGUUGUGUUAUACCGAAGUUAGAAAAUUGCGGGCCUCUUUAUCUUUUACUCCAAUUAAGGCAUAAUCAGAGUGACAGAGAAAGAAGCCCGCAAUUUGCAUAGUUCGGUGGUCGCGGUAAGCUCUCAGAGUCAUAAUUUGUUUGCUCUGUUGGAUUGGAACGAACAACGGACCUUAGUAUAUUAUCAAAAGGUCAUUAUUAUUACAAAACAGUUCCAUCAUCUAUGCAUGACUUAUGUAUGUUUAUAAUGUUAUGUAAAAUAAGGUUUAUAUUUGUAUACUUACAGUCUAGUUUUAGAUGUAUAUUAAAUACUUUUAAUGUUAUUAAAUAAAUAUUUUUUUCUGUUUA